UAGGAGUACGUGUGCGUGAACUCCGAGAGCUAUGAGAACAUUAAAAAAAAAAAAUACAUAUCCUACUAAACGUUGUUUCAUGUGGAAUUGACAGUAACAAGAAUCAUAUAAAUAGAACGCAAUAAUGACAAAAAGGAACCUCUGGCCACAAGACUACUUCCGCAUGCCCGGAAACGUACCUUUAUUGCAUGCGCAUGAUGCCGUGGUGGACGUGAUCAGAUUUGGCAGGAUGUUAGACUCACUAAGUUAUGGAUUUGGUGAUGGCUUUCCAACCGAUUUUCAGGAAUAUGUGGAAUCAUCGGAUGAGGACGAUCUUGAUGUACAAAGCGAUAAGAAAUACUGUGGUUUCCCUAACAAAUUCCUGGACAAAGGCUCACGAAAACCGCAGUCAGCUCUCACCGCCAGAAGAUCAAACCACCUCUCAGCUGAGGAGAAAGAGGAGAGAGAGAGAAAAGCUAAAGAACUUUUAGAUGAGGAAGAAAGACUUAAGAAAAAAGCAGAAAAGAAAAAACAGAAGAAAAUGAGACAGAGAGAAAGACGCCGUCUGGAGAAGAUGGAAAAGGAGGAUGCAAUACAAAGUAAAGAUAAUCAGGCUGAUCUGGAUUCGGAGAAGCCGAAACCCACUGAUAAAAAAAGUGACAAUAUAGAUGAAAAAAGUAAAAGUGUAGUUGUUCCCCCUGAUCCUGACUCAUCAAAGAACCCUGCAGCAGACGAUAACAGUAAUAGUAGUGACAGUGAAGAUAAAGAUGAGUCCAGCUCAACUUGUGAACCAGAGGAGUUGGACAUGAACAGCUGCUUUGUGUCAAAUGCAGCGGCCAUUGCAAAACGUAAACUCGAGAAGAAAUCGAAAAGCGAAAGGAAACCAAAGAAAGAAGAGAACUCUGGGAAACAGUGUGUCGUGGAGCAACAGGGUGCGUCGGAGCUGCAGACACAGAAUAUUAAUGAAGAACAGCAGGAAACACAGGAAACAAAACAUGACUUUCUCACUAAGAGUGUGGAGCUGGCAGUUGUUGGUAACCAGUAUGCUGCAGUUGGAAAUUUGGAAAUGGCUGUGAAGUUUUUUACAGAUGCUAUUAAAUACAAUCCUAAAGAGUAUAAGUUGUUUGGGAACCGCUCCUUCUGCUAUGAGAAAAUGCAGCAAUAUGAAAAGGCCUUAACUGAUGCUGAUAUUGCUCUUUCUAUGAAUCCUACGUGGAUUAAAGGACUCUAUAGGAAAGGAAGAGCACUUGUUGGCCUAAAGCGAUACUUUGAAGCUGCGCAGACGUAUAAGGACGUGUUGAAGUUGGACAGCACGUGUACAGACGCAGCCCAGGAACUGAUGAGGGUACAGAUCAUGCAACUCAUGGAUAUGGGUUUUUCAAGAGAGCAGAGUUCUAAUGCUCUCAUCAUUCAUGGGACAGUAGAAAAAGCUUUAGAGGCACUCUCUGGCCUGGCAUAUAGUUUAGGCACUCCGCCUAAUUAUAGAGGUGAAAGAGUCGAAGAGGAUUGGGUGACUAUGGAGAGGAGAUCUCAGUCUCCUGCCCACCUCCCUUCCAGAGCAGUCUCUCAGAAUCACAUCAGAGCCAGCAGCCCCGUCCUGGCUCAAGCCAGACCACCUCAGCCAGAACUGUUUCCGGUCUGGGUUGGUGGACUAAUAAGUGGAAUAACGGAGGCUAAGUUACAUGACCUUUUCAGUAGUGCAGGGCCAGUCCACAGUGUGAAAAUCUUACAAGGAAAAUUUUGCGCGUUUGUGAACUUCACCAGGAGAGAACACUGUGAGAAAGCCAUUCAGGAUAUACAUGGUCUUGUUUUUGAGGGAACAUCUCUUAUAGUGCGAUAUCCCGAUAGAAUACACACUCAUUUGGGUGUGUCCAGAAAUGCUAGCACCGACCCUGCAGCUGCUGCAAAGAACAAUAAACGGCUGCCGGACGAGUGCCAUUUCUGGAGGACAACAGGGUGUGUAAAGGGAGAUCGCUGCACCUACAGACACAUCCCAGAGAACAAGGGUAUCGAUCAAGCCAAGCCUAAGACGAGUGCAACGGAUCACAUGGUCACCAAAAAGAGAUUCGCUUAGAAGUCCAUACACAACAUAGAGGACAAGGCAUUGACCUUAAUGCCACCCGGGGGGGGGGGGGGCAGAGAUCAUAUUUUCUCAUGUCAUUAACCCAUACACGUGCUGUCUGUUACCUUAAUCACAGUAAUGAUAAACAUCUAAAAAUACAAAGAUGGAUAGAGCAUAAACCAUGGCUUUUGAUAUACAUUGUCUCAUUCUCUGAAUUACGGAUACUUUACAUUUUACUGGAACAAUCUUCAGUGUUUCAUUUAAAAAGCAAUAUUAUCACUGUGUUCAAUGCAAUUAAGUUGUCAAUUAAACUGGAAUGUACCGCAAGUCUGCUCAUUUUAGUCCUCAUCAUCAAAGGUUAAAUGUAUUCUUUCUGUGAAUGCCUGCUUUUCAUCAGGAUACUUUUAAGUUGUUAUCAAGUAAGAGCAUUCUGAUAAUUAUAAGUCUUAAUCGGGUCUAGUAAGGGGGGGGGGGGACUCGUUCUUUUACCCACCAGAACUUUUGCACCUUGUUCUCUGUUUUAUUAGUCAAUGUGAAGUUGGUUCAA